UGAGUGCAGACCAGCACACUAGACUAGCUCCUUCCGUUCAUCGACUUUAGCUUCAACGGGGAAAUAUGCUCCGGCAGCAGUAGUGAGCCUCUCGGAAAGCUGCCAAAUCUCAACGACUUGCCUCUUCCCCUCAUAUGGCGCCGCUCUUCGAUUCCGAACCUAUCGCUUCAAUCCACUAUCUGUGUCAUUCAACUUACCAUACUUCUAUCUUUCGUACCAACCCUUCACUUGGCCUCUCUGCCUUCUCCUUUGUCUCGUUGGAAGGGUGCACGAAAUGGCAUUUGCUAUUGUCGCUCUCCUCGUCCUUUCUCUCCUCAUUUACUACUACUCCCAGUCGAAGUCUUCCUGCCGAUGCCCUCUUCCUCCAGGUCCAGAGAAGCUUCCAAUAGUGGAAAACCUGUUUCAUAUACCCAACGGGGGGUUCAUAUGGCUUGAGUAUGCCCAGAUGUGCCGGAAAUACGAGUCAGACAUUAUUCAUCUGGGUGCACUCGGGAAUUCAAUCAUCGUUUUGAAUUCUAACAAGGCAGUCAACGAUCUUUUGGACAUCAAGUCCUCCAUAUACUCGAGUCGACCUCAAACGGUAAUGUUGGGAGAACUUAUGGGAUGGGGAUCUUCAACUGUAUUGAGGCCCAACGACGAUUUGUGGAAGGGACAGCGGAAGAUUAUGAAUCAAGCGAUGCCUCCCAAUGAUACGCAGCGGUUCCACCCCAAACUAUUGAAUCUAACGCAUGAUCUCCUUCGAGCUCUUCCUCACUCUGACGAUGUUGUAAAAACUCUACGGACUUGGGCUGCGACGUUCAUCAUAGAUGUCACCUAUGGUCUCGAUGUAGAGGUGGCAGAAACAUACCUCCCUACAGCUAUAGCAGUAAUAGAAUCAAUGUCGAUUGCCGCAAUGCCUGGUGCAUUUUAUGUGGAUCAACUUCCAAUCUUAAAAUAUAUUCCUGCGUGGUUUCCUGGAGCAAGUUUCAAGCGCAAAGCUAGAGAGUGGUCCAAAAUGCGUAUUAAAAUGACUGAGCUUACCUUCAAUUCUGUAAAACAGAAACUUGCAACGGGGACUGCUACGCCAUCCUUGACCUCGGUGGCCCUCGGAAAGAUGGACCAUAAGCUCGACUUGGCAAAACAAGAAGAGCUUAUUAAAACAGCUUCAGUGACCGCAUAUGCAGCAGGUUCAGACACCACUGUUUCCGCGUUAGGAGCGUUUAUCUUGGCCAUGCUCAUGAGUCCGGAAAUCCAAGCCACAGCUCAUCUUGAAAUUGAACAGGCACUUGGGCCCGGUAAUUUACCCAACUUUGGUGAUGAAGCGUCGCUGCCAUAUAUCACAGCAGUCGUUCGAGAAACGAUGAGACAUAAUCCCGUCGCGCCGCUCGCCGUUCCGCAUGAACUUACACAAGAUGAUAUCUAUAAAGGAUAUUUCCUGCCCAAAGGCUCUCUGAUCAUGGCAAACGUUUGGUCGAUUCUUCACGAUGAAGAGGAUUAUCCAGAACCAGAUUUGUUCAACCCUUCGCGCUUUCUUGAUGCUGAUGGGAAGAUUGAUCCUGAAGUCAAAGAUCCCACUAUCCCUGCAUUUGGAUUUGGGAGGCGUGUCUGUCCCGGAAAACAUAUGGCUCUUGCUUCGUUAUGGAUCGUUGUUGCCUCUAUUCUGGCUUGUUACUCUAUCGAGCCAGAGCUUGAUGAGAACGGGAACCUAAUAAAGCCCAAAGCCAAGUGGUAUUCAGGGCCAACUUUGUUCAAUCACCCACUUCCUUUCAAGUGUCGUUUUGUCCCUCGUUCGAAGGAUGUAGAAGUUUCUUUAGCGUUGCACUUGAGUGCUUGAUAAUACUCGUAGAACCCAACUGACAUAUACACUACUUAAUACUUUAUUCUGACAUUUUCCUUUUGUUAAGGUAGGUAGGUGUUUGUAACGCACCAAGGAAGAUCAGGCUGUUUCGGCGCAGAGUAAUCGAUUAUGUCUGCGGCGAGCGACAUGAUCUACAAAUUGAAAAUAUUGUCAAGUCAUUGGCGUGCUCGCCAUCGAAUCAAUU